CAGAAGGCCGCGGGGGGCAGCUCCUUCAAGGGGCGGGGCAUUCCCGACGUGCCCCGCGGCGCGCCAUUAGCUGUUGGAUUUGAAUAGCUGUACAGGCCUGCCCGGGGGCGGUGGCGGAGGUAUGGGCGCUCCGACUUUGCCCCCCGCCUGGCGGCUCUUUCUCAAGGAUCAUCGUAUCUCUACGUUCAAGAACUGGCCCUUCUUGGAGGGCUGCGCCUGCACCCCAGAACGGAUGGCCGAGGCCGGCUUCAUCCACUGUCCUACUGAGAACGAGCCCGACUUGGCCCAGUGUUUCUUCUGCUUCAAGGAGCUGGAAGGCUGGGAGCCAGAUGACGACCCCAUAGAGGAACAUAAAAAGCAUUCAUCUGGUUGUGCUUUCCUUUCCGUCAAGAAGCAGUUUGAAGAAUUAACCCUCAGUGAAUUUUUGAAACUGGACAGAGAAAGAGCCAAGAACAAAAUUGCAAAGGAAACCAACAAUAAGAAGAAAGAAUUUGAAGAAACUGCACGGAAAGUGCGUUGUGCCAUUGAGCAGCUGGCUGCCCUGGAGUGAGGUCUCUGGCCACAUUCCCCUGGUCCCAGGGUGGUGUCAUCACUUCCCAGCUUAUUCCCCGGUGUCUCCGGCCUUACCAGGGGACCUCUGAGCAAUACCUUCAGGAAAGGAGACAUCAGAAUUUUGAAAUUAGAUAUUUCAACUAUAUUUUCUUUUCUUUUCUU